AUGAGUGGGUUGCUGGAGCCUAGUCAAGUGGUGGCAGCUGUGAAGGGCUUGCAUUGGCGAACCUCUCUCGAGAUUCACAAGCUUCUUAAGGAUAACGAAGACUUCUCUAUUACUUACAACGAUGGAGAAGAAGAAGGUGCAGAGCCAGAAAAGAUAGAUGUAGAGAAACUGGUGGGGAUGUUGCCUCUUCACCUCUUGUCAGUGUUUAUAUCUACUCAUGAGGAAGAAGGGAAGCUUAGGUAUUUGUUGUCUGGGAUCAGACUGCUGAAUACGUUUUGUGACUUAACGUCUCGUCAUCCUAGAUUGGACCAGGUGUUGCUUGAUGAUGUGGUAUUAACAACUCAGAUGCUUGAUCUUGUGAUCUUUACCAUGGUUGCUCUCGGCGGUAAUAGAAAGGAAAGUUGGAAAUCAGAUUAUGACUCAUUGAUAGAAGCCACAAUGGUGGCUUCUACUCUUCACCUGAUGCAUGGGUUCAUCUCUCCUAACUCCCAAGAUCUUGUUAUAGUCUUGCUUGCCCACCCUAAGGUUGAUGUGUUUAUAGACGCUGCUUUUGGAGCGGUUCACAAUGUUGUCAGAUCUUUAAGAGCGAAGUUGCUGCAUCGGCAAACUGACCAAACGAAGAAGCUAGGUGCUAAUUCUGUAGGGGCCGUUAACGCACACUGCCAACAAGCUGAAGCUGCUUUGCAGUUCCUUCACUCUCUAUGCCAACACAAACUGUUUAGAGACCGUGUCGCUAAAAACCAGGAGCUAUGUGGAAAAGGUGGUGUUCUUAUGCUAGCUCAGUCCAUACUAUCACUAUAUAUAACUCCUGAAUGGGUUGGAGCAGCCGUAAUAAUAGCUUCCAUAUCUAGAAUAAAUGCAAAAGCCCUGUCACUUUUGCACCAUUUGUUUGAGGCGGAAAGUGUCUCAUUCCUUGACGAGGUUGAACGUUCAGGAAGCUUGCAUUUAGCCCAAACUGUUGCCUCAAAGGUUCUUGAAUUAAUGAGGCUUGGCCUUUCUAGAGCUUCCAAGGCCAGUCCUCCUCCUAAUGAGUAUCCAAUGGGUUUUGUGCUACUUAACGCUAUGCGCUUAGCUGACGUGUUCUCGGAUGACUCACAUUUUCGACGUUUUUUCACCAAACAUUUUACAAUGGUUCUCAGCGCAGUGUUUUGUCUCCCUCAUGGAGAUUUCUUGUCAAUGCUGUGCUCUUCUGAUCUCUCUUCAAGGGAAGAUGACGCAACGCUUGAUUACGAUCUGUUUACAUCAUCUGGAUGGGUUCUAAGUGCAUUCUCAUCUCCUGGUGAAUUGGCCGUUCCUCAGUUCAAGCUUAAUUUUCAGAAUAACCUCACCAUGUCUUCAUACGCUCAUCAAAGAACGUCCUUGAUUGUUAAAAUCAUGGCUAAUCUUCACUGCUUCGUUCCUGAAGUCUGCACAGAAGAUGACAGGAACCGUUUCAUUCAAACGUUUGUGAGUGGAUUGCGAAAGGAUCCUUCAAGCAUAUUGGUUAAUCUAUUACCAAGCUCUACAUAUACUCCGGAGGCUCAGAGAGGCACUAGUGUUUGCAAAAACAUAAGUUCUCUGUUGCAUCAUGCAGAGUUCUUAAUCCCUAAUGCACUCAAUGUCGAAGAUCUAAUGAUUUUGAGGGUGUUCUGUCAACAGUUGGAGCCGCUAAUCCGUUCUGAGUUUGAGGAAAGUCAGGCUGAGGUGAAGGACAAUCAAGGUGCGGGAGGUAGUUCAUCUGGCAAGCAGCUGGGAAAAGAGCCUCUGAAUCUCAACAACGACGAAGCUUCAGAGGAUUCUGAUGUCCGAGCGGAAGGUGCCACGACAAAGCAAGGUGUGAACAACGAGGAGAUGGAAAUAGCUGAACGGUCGAAAGAGAGCGACAAUCUUGAAACUAGCGGUUCAGAAACAAGCUCUAACAGAGGAGGGAAAGGUCUGGUUGAUCAGGCUGAAGAUGGAUACUUGGCUCGCACUUUUACCAAGCGGCUUAAGGUGAGUGCUUCCUCUGGAGAGGCGAAGGAGGAUGAGAGAGCUGAAGCUUCUCUUUUAUUGGAGAAACAGAGGACCAAAAGGAAGCGUAGCAUAAUGAGUGAUGAUCAGAUGGCGAUGAUGGAGAAGGCUCUUGUUGAUGAGCCUGAUAUGCAGCGGAACUCGGCUUGGAUACGGACUUGGGCUGAUAAACUCAGCUUGCAGGGUCCUGAGGUCACAUCUGCCCAGCUGAAGAACUGGCUGAAUAACAGAAAAGCAAAACUAGCUCGAGCAAGCAAGCACGGGCCAGCACGUGAUAACAAUAGCUCAGGGGAUUUACCAGAGAGUCCCGGAGAUGAAAACACUUGGCAGCAGCAGCAGCAGCAGAAACCAACAACACCAUUUGCAGAUAAAGCUUCUGCAUCAUCGUCAGAAGGGCUGAAGCGUGGGCAGCAAGUGAUGCUUGUGGACGAGAGAGGAGUCGAGGUCGGUAAAGGAACGGUUUUGAAAACAGACGGUGAGUGGUACGGUUUAAGCCUGGAGACGAGACAGGUGUGCGUGGUUGAUGUGAUAGAGCUUAGUGGGUUAUAUGAUUAUAGCAAGAUGAGCAUCCCUUAUGGGUCUGAUGAUGUUGGGAGGACUUUUGGAGAAGCGAAUUCUAGGUUUGGUGUUAUGAGAGUGGCUUGGGAUGUGAGCAAGCUUCAGUAACAGACUCGGUUGCAUUGAGAUCUCUGACCAGUAGGUGUUUUUUUAUGUUCUUACCUGUUGUUUAGACUUUAGAGCUUUCUCUUUUGGUCCUAACCCAAAAGAUUCUCUGCUUUUACUUUUUAGGAACUCUGUUUCUCUCUCGCUCUCUGGUUGCUAACAAGUAAAGGUUGAGACUUUGAGAGCAAAUAACUGAAAAUAAGUUUCACAGUGGGAAGAGCUGACUCUUCUCUCCUUUAGUUGACUUUAAUGCUAUUUAAA